GGCUGGGCGCGGGAGGCGGGCGGGCAGGGAGGCGGCCGAGCAGCAGCAGCAGCAGCAGCAGCAGGAGGAGGAGGAGGAGGAAGGCAGCAGCAGCAGCAGCGAAGGCGGCUGCAGCGGGAGAUGAGCUGCAGCGGGAGGACGGCGCGGCGCAGCUUUUUGCGGCGGGGAGCCCUCCCCUGCCUCCGCCGCCCCGCUCCCCUCUAAUCGGGAGCAGCCCCAGAGUAGAAGAUCCGGGGGUUGUUGCUGCUGUUUUCCCAUCAUCAUCUCUAAAGACAGGGGGGAAAUAACGCUCCAGCGCCGGACAACAGGAUUUCGUGUUUCCAGGAUAAAGAUCGCUUCCCCCCGCCUCUCCCCCCCUUCCCUCUCCCUCGCUUCCCAGCGCUGCCCGUGCCCUGGCCGGGGGCGGCAGGCCGGGGGGGGGGGUAACAAUGGUGAAGUUUCUGGUGAGUUCUGGCUGCGCCCUGCCUGCGUCGGUGCUGCUCCGUCUGCCUGUCGGAUCGCGGUGAGGAGAAAAUGAGCGAAGAGACGGCGACUUCUAACAACGAUAAUAGUUAUGCACGAGUGCGAGCUGUGGUGAUGACCCGGGAUGACUCAAGUGGUGGAUGGUUACCACUCGGAGGGGGUGGACUAAGCUGUGUCACAGUCUUCAAAGUCAUUCCCCAGGAAGAGAAUAGCUGUGCUGAUUUUCUUAUCCAUGGAGAACGACUCAGGGAUAAAACGGUGGUCUUGGAAUGCACAUUAAAGAAGGACCUCGUUUACAACAAAGUUACUCCUACUUUUUACCACUGGAAGAUUGAUGACAAGAAGUUUGGCCUCACAUUUCAGAGUCCUGCUGAUGCAAGAGCAUUUGACAGAGGCAUUCGGAGAGCAGUAGAGGAUAUUUCUCAAGGUUAUCCACCCUCCCAAAAUGAUGUUGAAGUGGCAGAGGACUGCUUUCAAACUACUCAAGAAAAUACAUCAGGUUCAUUAAUGAAAGAUCACCUUUUCCAACACGAAACUGUAGUAACCAGUGAACCUUACAAUGGUGCAAAUUUAAGGCCUUCAGCAUUUGAGGAUUUCAACACCAGGAGAGCCUGUUUUCCCAGCCAACCAAACCAGGUCCCACUGAAGUCAAUCAGACACGUUAGUUUUCAGGAUGAAGAUGAAAUUGUCAGAAUAAACCCUCGUGACAUUUUGAUACGUCGUUAUGCAGACUACAGGCAUCCUGACAUGUGGAAGAACGACCUGGAGAGGGAUGACGCAGACUCAAAUAUACCGUUUUCUAAAUCAGACAGUAAAAAAUCUGACUAUUUAUACCCGUGUGGGGAUGGAACUAAGUUGAAUUCCCUGAAAGACUCAAAGAGUUCUGUGGUAUUUAAAACUCAGCCUUCCUCGUCAAAAUUUAAGAACUCGAAAAGAAGAAAAGAGGACGGUGAGCGUUCCCGCUGUAUAUACUGCCAGGAGAGGUUUAAUCACGAAGAUAACGGCAGAGGAAAAUGUCAAGACGCGCCAGAUCCUAUUAAGAGAUGUAUCUACCAAGUUAGCUGCAUGCUUUGCGCAGAGAGCAUGCUGUAUCACUGCAUGUCAGACUCGGAAGGAGAUUUCUCUGAUCCUUGCUCGUGUGACACUAGCGAUGACAAGUUCUGCCUGCGCUGGUUAGCGCUGGUGGCCCUCUCCUUCAUCGCUCCCUGUAUGUGCUGCUACCUCCCCCUGCGAGCCUGCCAUCACUGCGGUGAGGUGUGCGGGUGCUGCGGAGGAAAGCAUAAAGCUGCGGGAUGAGCCGGGCGCGGGCCAAAGGGAGCUGAAAAAUCUUUGUUUCCAGGAAGCAUCUAACUUGGAUUUGCGGAAGCUUUUUUGGCAAGCUGAAGGGAAUCUUCUUUCAUGGGGAGAGAGAUGCUUGAUGUGGAGGAAGCAACGAGACUUGUCAGACCUUGGCAUUUCACACGUGCCAGCCAUGCCUAACUAUUUCCUUUGAGCGCGUGGCGUUUGUUGCAAGUCGUGAAGGAGAUUUUUGCAAAGGAAAGCCUAUUCUUAUUAUUGGCUAUAAAAUGAGUAUAUAAACUAUGAUUAUACUAAAAGGGAUUAACUUUUGCCACUUUGUACAUUCAUGGUUUAGGUGAGGGGGCUCUUUUAAAAGGAUUAAAAACUUACCUGAGGGGAAAUUUUAACUAAAAGUGCACUAGUGACAGUUGAUUUAAGAUUAAGAAAAGUUAAUACUCGGCAAAUGAGAAAUGAAACUGAUUUUAAGUGCAACUAAAUCACUUAUUAAUAGUUUUUUGGAAGCGACUUUAUGUAUAAAUAACAAAUGUUUAUAUUUAACUAAAUGUGUAAGGUACGAAUUAUUACAUGUUAAACUUUCCUUCCCUCUGAUAUAGUAGGUAUGGACCAUAUCUACUGUCACAUUCCAUGGUAGUAUUUUAAAUAUUUAAUUAGUUAAUUUAGUCACAUUUUUAUUCCGGAUGGAAAAAAUUGAUAUUUUCAGUCCUGUUUCCCUUCAGCUACAGUUUGUGUUGAGUUGUAUCCAUACAUUCUGAUAAUCUAAAAACCUUUAAAAUAUUAAUUAUUCUAGUCUUGAGUGACCAAUAUUUUUUUGUUAAGCACAGAUGUAAUUGUCUAAAAUGUUCUUGUUAGAACAUAACAUUUAUUUUUAUAUAUAAAUGACUUUGAUUUCAACAUAAUAGCAAAAAGGAAGUUGUUUCUGUUGCUCAACCAGCAAGUUGUUUUCUUUUGGGGUGUCCUCCAAAAAUACUUUAUUGCAUAUUCAAAUGUUCAUUAAGCAAAAGGUACAUUAAGGCAGUUGUAACAAAUUGUCAUCAGUGUUCUUGUUUAUCCUUCUGUUAAACUAGGAUCCUGUUCAGCUGUUUAUCAAGUACUAUGAUUAAAACAAAAGAUUAAUAACAAAAGUGAAAUUGUUUUCAUUAUUUUGAAAUGCAACUUUUUCUUAUUUGAACGGGCAAGAACAAAAGUGCUGUGUGUUGUGUUCAAAAGCAACAACAAAAGCCUUAGCUUGAGAAAUAAAUUGCAGCCCAGGCAAAAUUGGAGUGAACUUCUUAAUUGAGGAAAUUUGGAGGGAGGAUGGGGGAGAGAGUGAGCGAGUGUGUGUAUGUGUGUGCACGGUGGUAUAUUCUGUAUGAUAUCUGUUAGGGCUUUGUACUUGCGAAGUGUUUAACUUUCAGAUAAGAAUAAACUGAUUAACCCACAGAGAAUUUUUUAAAACAUUACAUGCAUUGCUCUGUUAUGAAGUCAAAAACAUUUACUUCUCAUUAAAGAUCCAUAAAACACUAAAAACAGUCAUAAUUCAUUAGCAGAGGUGCCUAUUUGAUAUCCUGGCUGGAGUGGGACAGACUGUCCUCUGUAUACCUUUGUUAUUAAGCAAACAAAAAACCUAUUUGACUUUAAAAGAUGCACAUGACUGACUUUUUUCUCACUUCCUAUGCAUUUCUUCAGUAUAUUUCGUGUAAUUUUUCUUUCUGCAUGUAUCAGUGCCCUUAAGUUUCCUUUGUAGCCCAGAAGUAAAAUGAGCAACUGUAUAUAACGUUAUCUGUCUGUAAAAUACUUUUUAAAAGAAAACAUUUAUAUUUAUAUUACAGCUUGAAUUGACCACCUUGUGUACAUAGAUCAUCUCAGAGUAUUAUUUCACAUUGAAAAGAAGACAAAUAUAUUGAUAACUGUAGAAGUUACGGAAGAGCUUCUAGUUUUGUAUUAAGAGUUGAUUGGAUGAAUUAAAUCCAAGAAUAUGACAUGGUAGCAGCAGUCUUGGUUUUUACUGUUUAUAUAUAUGAAAGCUGCUACUCUGGUUGAUUUUCAUGCUUCACACAUUUGCAGCUAAACUUCGGUUGCCUAGAAUAGACUGUUAACUUUAAAUACAACUUGGAUAAAAAAAGGUCAUGUUUUUCUAGUGAAUGAGAGGAAUUUAAUAUUUGGAAGUGCUAGGUUCCUAAUUCAAGGUGAAGAGAGGUAUGAACAACCUAAGAAAAGAACUUGCUGGCUGUGUGGGGAAAAUGCUGUAGAAUCCUAUUGUGUACAUACUUCAGAAAGAAACGAGUUUAACAGUGUUCCCCAAGCACUGUACGACACAGUGAAACUCCUGCUCCUGUACUGUAUUUUAUAUGAAACAUACACACUUUAAUAUUUUCAUCGAAUGCGUGCAUUAAUAUUUUCACCUUGCGUUUAACCACUUUGCUGCUAAAAUGUUUUCACCUUUUGCUUUCCUCUUUGAAGACUCGGUCCAUAUAAAAAGGGUUUCUGAACUGAGCUGUGUUCACUUUUCCUUCUUGCGCUGGAAGUGUCAGCUGCAUGCCCAGGUCGGGAGCCACUAAAGCACUCUGAAGACACGUGGUUAGGUAAGGUCUGGCUUUAGAGGGACGCACGUGUACUUUUUCUUUUGAUGUUCAGGAUCUUACCCACUGUUGUGUUGCAGUUAAGAGAUGAGUAGUGGAAGGUGGACGUACAGAACAGGCUGUUACAUCCGUGCGUCUCUUCUUUUUGACAGCACGUAACAUUUGUUCUGUCUCUUUUGAAAUAACUUUCUUAAGCAUUUGGAAAAAGAGAAGUUUCUUCCCCAAAUCCUUACUCCUCCCCCCACCCUUCCCAUCAGAACUGCAGCCUGUCAGGCGUAUAGCAGCACAGCUUUGUGCUGCUUGGAGGGGAGGCCCGAGCCUUGGAAACUAUCACUGAAUAUUAAGUCCCUCGCUUGUUGAAAGACUCAGUUACCGUGAAAAUUAAGUAUUUCCUCUUGAAAGUGGGGGAAGAAGUUAAAUGAUGGCAGCGCUCGUGCACCAUCUGCUGGGGGAAGAGCAUUCGGCUGCAUUCAGGCAUCAUGUUUGAUUGCAGAGUAAUUUAACUGGCUAGGGGUGCGCUACUUACGCUAUGUAACUUACUAUGCACGUGCUUAAAAAUAUGUUGAGCUUUAGCUUCAAAUUUACAACAUAGUAAUUUGAACUCUUACUGUGAUACUUUAUCUCCUCAUGCUUCUUAAGUUUCAUUAUUAAUAUUGAUUGAAAAUAAAAAUGCCUUAAACAUAUAUUUUCCUAGGUUUAAAAUAGCUACAGUGGCCUAUUACGCAAGAGCAUAAAAAUCAGGAAUGAAAUGAAAAUUCUUUUGAUUCUGUCGUCAGGUUCAUAAGAAAGAUAUUUUUUAUUACUAUUAUUUAUUUAUUUAUUUUCCCCCCGUGAAGUUCUCUCCCGCAGCGAAGUGAUGGAGUUUUGAUGUUCAUGCAGAGGGAAUGCGGCCUUUGGGUUUGUGAUACGAAUUGAAGUCUGAGCGUGUGCAGGUGUGUCUGUGUGCUCACACCUGCCGUCCAGUACCUGUGAAGCAGGGUUAAAGCAAUAUUCUGAUAAUAAUCUACAAUUGCUAUGGUAACUGUUUAGUAAACAGCAGCAAAUGAUGGCACAAAACUUGGAUGCCUUUCCAGAGCUUAUGUAAGGGAUGUUCCAAACAGUCUUAACCAAUGCAGUUUCCUUUAGAGAUGUUUUGAAGGUGUUAUGAAGAAUGUCUUAAUUUUGCAUGUUGGAAUGUAACAUUCCAUUUUAGAUGUGUUCUCUUCAGAAUGAUCUGUUGAUGUGUACCUGGAGGGUAAUGUUGAACUCCCGUGUAAAUAAUGCACAGGUCUAAAGAAGGCUUUAAGCCUUUUUAGAGCUUAUAGCACAGUGUGCAGCCAGUAGAGUGAUACAUUCAUAUUAGUAGAAUGAAGAUUGAGGGUGGUAGCUGGCAACAAAACAAUAACUUUAAAAAAGUGCCGUAUGGCACUGUAAGUCCAGCAGCUGGAUGGAUAAAACUUCCAUUUCCUUCAGUGUGCUGAUUGAUACAAGGAGGGUUGGGGAGGGUUAGCAGUUGGUUGGGUUUUUUUGGUUUGGGGUUUUUGUUGGUGGGUUGUUUUUUUUUUUUUUUUCCUGAAAGCUUCUCUCUCUUAAUUGCAAAAGUUGUGGUUCGUUUAAGAAAUCAAAGCCUUUGGUGAAGAAGAAGCCUUCAUGUUCAAAGCUGCAGGAUAAGCUGUACAUAUUUUUCCUUCCUUCGCUUGGUGCCAUUUGCUUUCCACCCUAAUGACCUCCAAGUGCCUCAUGUGUAUAUUGUUUCCAUUAAACCUCAACUGCUAUUUCUUUCUACUAAAUGAUGUAUAAUUUAGUUAACUUAUCCCAUAGGUGUUUCCUUUAUGAAUAUGAAUAUAGCUUGUUACUUUGAGUAUAUAAUGUAAAUAUGCCUUUAAGCUUGUAACUGGUUUGUUACAUCAUAUCCUUGUAAGCUGACAUAGCCGAUAACACCAUAAAAAUUGUUUAAAUGUUUUUUCCUGUAAUUACCUGAUUAAAACUAUCUUGAAAUGAAA